AUGGAACAAGAAACUUGUAAUUCAGAACUACAAGAACCACCACCACUGGGACAUAUUGAAGAUGACACUGGCCCCCUUUUGCCGCCACAUACACAUAGCACCACCAAACAGAGAGGCACUGCUGUGACAACGACAGUGACUCAGCAAAUUUUAGGAAGCAUAACAUUUUCCAAAGUUCAUGUGUCUAUACCUGAGAACAGCCCCAUAAAUACUGUUGUCUCAGAAGCCUCUGACCCAGAUGUUCCCGAUGUUAAUUUUAUGAUUGUUGGAGUCCAGCCUGAAUUCACAAUAGACACUACCUCAGGUAUAAUCAAAACACAACAGAUUUUUGACUUUGAAAGUGGAAACCCAAACGCAUACCUUCUGCUUGUCAAAGCAUGGAAUGCCACCUACCAGAGCACAGGAAACAUUGAUAUUAACAUUAGUAAUGUAAAUGAAGCACCUGUCUGUACACAGCCUGACUUCGUUGCAGGAAAAGCCAAUGUUACAAUUAAUGAAAACUAUCCAGUUUUUGAUGUGGUCUACACUAUUCAAGCAACAGACCAAGAUGUUGUCCAUGGUGAUAAGCUCAAUUACAGCAUACAGUCUCAGGUUUCUACUUCAUCUGCUUGCCAGUCUGUUUUCACCAUUAAUCGAAAUACUGGAGUUGUAUAUAGGUCUCCUGGAACUGUUCUGGACUAUGAUGCAGGAUGUCAGUAAGUUUUCAACUGGCUUGGAAGACAGCG